CUUUCAGCAAAAAUAAGAGCUGAAACUCAUUCAAUUGAAGUGCUGACAAAGCUGUAAAAGAUAAAUUGAACGAUAAAUGAGGUAACAAUAUUUUAUCUUAUAUUAGGUAACAACAAACAAGACAAAUAUCAUUUGAAACCAGCAAGUUCUUAUAAACAGUUAUGGUUAUGGCAUGCUUACUCGACACUCCAAUCAUGGAAGAAAAUAUACCAUUUAAAGAAAUUGAUCAUUUCCUUGCUGAAAUGGCAUCUUUAGAUGACGAUCCUUUAUGGGAUAUAGAUGGAUACUCAGCUGGUUCAUGGCAUACUGAUUCUGAUGAAGAAUUAAGUGAUAAAAAAUUUGAGAUCUAUGAAAAUAGUAUAAAUGAAGAAUCAGUGAAUCUAGAACUAAACAAAGAGAUAUCUUCUGAAACUUCAGACAUGUCAGAUAUAUUUUCUUUAUAUACAGCUGAUUUGCCAAACUCACCUUUGCUUAAAACGAAAAAAAAAAAAAAAUCGUCACGAGUACGACAGAAAAACGAAACUCAAAUAUUACCAAAACGCGAACGUAACAAGUUGGCUGCUAGAAGAUGCAGGAAAAAACAAAAAGAUCGAAUAGAAGUUCUAGAAAAGGAAGUUGAAAGCAUUGAACACGACAACCAUGAAGUAUUGAAGGAGAUAUUAGCCUUACAAAGUCAGUUGGAAGAACUCCAACAGUUAUUAAUAAGUCAUAGUUGUGUAGCGAAAGAAAAAUUGUAAUUCACACCAGAAUCAACUGAGUGCUUUCGCAUAUAGUUCGCUUGACAACAAACAACUUGGAUGUCUUAUGUCUCAAAUCUAAUUAGACGAUAUAUUUUUCUCUUAUCUCUGCAAAAGCUGGUUAAGAAACUAAAAACACCCAAACUGAAUAAAAAUGUUUCACAGAAAUAAAAGAAUAAAUGUUCAAUAUUGAUGUUUGCCAAUAUAUCGAGUUUACUAACGUAUUGAAAAUACUUUUGAGAAUACUAAGUAUCAAGGCUACUAGCAUCUCCAUGUUACUAACUUAUCAAGGUUAUUAUUAUAUCCACGUUACUAACGUAUCAAGAUUACUAAAGUAUCAAGGUUAUUAGCCUAUCCAUGUUACUAACUUAUCAAGGUUAGCAACCUAUCCAUGUUGCUAACUUAUCAAGAUUACUAGCGUAUCAUGUUAUUGAAGUACCAUGGUUACUAACGUACCAAGAUAGCGUAUCAAAAUAUUCUAAUCAUUAUAAUAAAAAAAUAAACGAAUAAAAUUAUAAAUUUGUAAAUAUUGUAAACUAUAUAGAUUUUAUAGAUUUUAAUCAUAAAUGUAAAAAUAAUUUUCAAGUAAGCAUUUUACUUGAAACUGAUUGUGAAAAAGUAUGGUAAACAUUCUUAUGAUUUAUAAGUUUUAAAUUAAUUGAAAUAAAAUAAAAAAAAGAGUUUAUUUUA